UAAAAAAAAGUGUUAUAAACAGCGUAUCUCUCUCUCUCUCUCUGUCUUUGGUGUUGAUUUAGGGUUUAAAGAGUUGGGAAGAUUGAGAGAGAAUUGAGAGAGUCGGGAGCAAUGGCGAGCACCAAAGUUCAAAGGAUUAUGACCCAACCUAUCAACUUGAUUUUUAGGUUUCUUCAAAGCAAAGCGAGGAUCCAGAUUUGGCUCUUUGAGCAGAAAGAUUUGAGGAUUGAAGGAAGAAUCACUGGGUUCGACGAAUACAUGAACCUAGUGUUGGAUGAAGCUGAAGAAGUGAGCAUCAAGAAGAACACCAGAAAACAACUUGGAAGGAUUCUACUUAAAGGAGACAACAUAACGCUGAUGAUGAACACGGGAAAGUAAUCACACUAUUCUCUCAAGUCUCAAGAAACACUCUCGUGGUGGAGCAGUAGAUGGUGUCUUUUCGAUUAUCUCCCAAGCAUUUGCUGAAUUGAGCUCUUCUUCUUCUUCUUCUGUUAACUGACAAUGGUUUCUUCUCUUUAUCGUGUAAUUGCAAUGUAGUAAAAGGUUUGAGAAAAUAUGGAGUUUCGUGGAAUCUAAAGGAUGGUAUUUGCCUAAAUUUUACUAUUUCAUUCUCUUCUUUA